CUGUGAGCCAGACAUGCUGCAGCGUGUUCUGACGUAUGUCAAGAACUUCUUCUGCAGCCUGGAUAAUAGUCAGAAGAUCUUGUCCAGGAGCAUCUAUACAGAGCUGCUCUGUCAUGAAUCAGUGGCUGAGACUGUGAGACAGAACUUUGUGGGCAGUCUGUCCAGUUGGAUCAGGGAGCCCAACAUCGUCAUCAAGGAAAUCGGGCUCCGUGGGAUCCGUAACCUAGCACUGCACCCAGGAAAAUCAGACACUUUGAAGACCCUGGUUCCCUCCUUGGAAGAACUCCUGAAGGAUGACGAGUGGCGAGUAAGGGCAGAGGCGGUGAAGGCCCUACAGAACAUCACCCACCACGGGAACAGAGAGGACAUCAAGCUGGUCAUUGGCAGCAUCACUGAGCAACUGCUUUCACUCCUUAAUGAUGAGAAGGACGAGGUGAGGAUCUCAGCCACCUCUGCCCUGGGCCACAUAUUAUGGCGAGUUACAAAUUGCAAGCCCGGAUCUGCCCUCCGAAAACAAAUCAACAGCCUCUUAGUCCCGCUGUUGCUCAGCUUGCAGGACAACAACACUGAUGUAGUCAAGGCCUGUGGAAGGGCCCUGACUGAAUGGACCAAAGUGAUGGGCUGGCUGCCAUUGACACACCUAUUCCAAGAUACCAACCUCCAUGAUCACAUCCAUGUGCUGGAAGAAACAUGCAAGUACCUGGUGAGUGAGAGUCUCUGAGGAAGCCAGACCACAGUAUUCAGAUUAGGGACUCAGUGACAGGCCUAGUGAGUAAAGAGGAGAGAAGACAU